AUGCUUUAAAAUUAGCACUUAAGUUAUGAUAAUUUGAUUUCAUGUCAAUUGUCAAAGUCCCUUAAUGAUGAAUGUAAAAUCUUCGAAAAUUCUUUAAGUUAGAUUACUAGUACAACAAAGAACCCAUUUAUCAAAGUAAAGUAAGUUAGUGUUGUAGAUAUAUUAAAAGGAGAUGAUUUAGAUUCAAUUUAGUCUUAAAGCAGAAUCACAUAAAGUAAUUUGCAUUAAAUUAGCUAAAAUUGUUUCUAAUGUGAGUAAAACCAUGAUUUGGAUUCAUCUGCUUCUUAAGAUUCUUAGUAAUUCAGCAAAACAAUUCAUGAAGGAAAUAAUUAUAAAAUUGAAAAUGAUCAUGAAAUAUAAGUAGACUUGAGUUAUUCUGAUGACAACUAAAAAGAACAACAAACAAAAAACGAGGGACAAAGAUAAAGCUUUGCAUAAACUAUACAGUAAUUAGUUAAAAAGAAAAGAAAAAAUAAUAUUGAAUUAGGAUACAUAAAUUCUAAGAAUAUUUGGAAAAAGAAAUGGUUAGGAGUUCUCUUUUAUGUCUCAAAGUUUUUAUAUAUAGCUAAGCAAUGUCAAAAAGUUUUCAGAGCUUCUUUAUUGACUUCAUUCUAAUUACAUUUAAUAGGGGAUAUUUCUAGUGAUUUUGAGUAAAAUGAAUGCUAUAGAAUUAUAUCUCUGUUUUUGCUUUUUGCAGGAUCUCUUUUUUAUGGACAUUUGUUUGCUUGUAUUUGGUAUUACGUAGGAAAUUAAAGUGAAUAAGGUUGGAUAGCUUUUAAUUAAUUAGAUAGAAGUGAUAUUUAUUCUAAUUAUGUUUGCAGCUAUUAUUAUGCAGUUGUAACAAUGACUACAAUAGGAUAUGGAGACAUUACUGCUAAAACAACUGGGGAAAGAUCUGUAAUGAUUUUUUUGGCAUUACUGUCUUGUGGAAUUUUCGGUUUUACUAUUAAUUCAAUAGGUAAUAUACUUUCAGAUUUCAAAUAAAAGAGUGACACUUACCUCACAGAAUUAGGAAAGCUCAAUAAAUAUCUAAGUUUCUAUCAGGUAUCAUCAGAAGUUCAAAUAAAUGCAAGGAAAUAUUUAAAGUUCAUUCAUCAAGAAAAACACAAUAAUUAACUAUCAAGUUUUUAGUCUUUAAAUAAUUUGUCUGGUGAUUUGUAGAAUUAAAUAAAAAUGGAGGUUAUUUCUAAAUAAUUAAAAUAAAUACAGCUUUUUAGAAAUAUUUUAAAAGAAGAAAUUAUUCUACAACUUUCUCUUUAAGUUUAAGAGAAUAUUUAUUAACCAGAAUAAAUCAUUUUAGGAUAAAAUGAAGUAAAAGAACCAACAAUAUACAUUAUAAAUCAUGGUAGAGUGCUUAAAUAUUCUUAAUACGACCUAGCAUCCAAAGAAAAUUCAAUAGUAGAAUUAAAGGAAAAAGAUAAUUUUGGGUUAAUUGAAUUUUUUAUGAACUAAGAAACAUGUAAUUUUAAUUAUAAAAGCAAAGAACUCACCUCAAUAUUUUCUUUAUAGCUCUCUACUUUUUUGAAAAUAAUAAAGUAAGAUAAUGAAAGUUAUGAGAAAUUUUGUUAUGUUAAAGAUUAACCAGAAUAAUAAUAAAAAUAAUAAUAAGAUGAUAACAAAAAGCGGAAAGCAAAAAAAAAAUAAAACUGUUGGAAAUUAUUUGAUUAAAAUUAUAGUCAAGCAAUAGAUUUUUAAAACAAUAAUAUUAACUAACUAUCGUUCGAUGAAUGCUCAUAAAUAACGGAGGAAGAUGAUUAAGAAGAAUCAAAUAUUAAUGAUAAUAAUAAAGACUGUAUUUAAGAAUUUAAUUUGGUAGAAACUGAAACUAGAAAAAGCAUUUUUACAUAAAAUUUGUUAAAAUUAAGUGAAGAUAGAGAUCAUUUUAAUUCACAUAAAACGGGGGAUAUAUUAAAUGAGGAUGAUUGCUCAAUUGGAAAUAUUGGCUCAGAGUUGAAACCUUAAAUUAUUAUUUAAUCAAGAAAGCACAACACAUAUGAUUUUCAAAAAUCUGAAGAAAUGAAAAAGCAGAGUAGUAAUUCAAUAGAACAAUAAUAAUAAUAAUAGGAAGAUGACUUAUUUUGGUAAUCUCAUAACUCUCAAAAAAACAUUUGCUAACGUAACAGAACUUCUAUCAAUGUUGUUUAAAAUUAGAAUUUUAAUGCAAUUUAGUCAUUGAUCUAGAAUUUAAAAGAUGUUCAGAUGUUUCUAUUAUCAAAUUAAACUUCACCAAAGAUGCCAUAAAAAUAAACCAAUUUUUGCAAGGUGAACUCUAAAAGACUUGAUUCAUCUAUCGUGGUUAACUUAAAAAAGGAACGUAAUUCUAGUCUAAGUGAAUCAAAUAAAAAUGUUAAAUAUGCUAAAGAAUUUUCAUAUACACUCUAGGAAAUUAAAAAUUAAAAGAAAAAGUCAUAAUCAUUUCAUGAUGAGAAUUUCGAUAAACUAUGCCAAUUCAAAAUAUAUUAUCCUUUAAAAAAUUUUGACAUAGUUAUUUCUGGUAUAAACAAAUCUCAUUUAGAAUUUAAGAUUCCUUAAAUAUUAAAAAAAUUAAAACUAAAUAAAAUAAUAUGA